AUGGUGGGGGUGGCGGGACCGCCGGUGGGGAAGGGGGGGAGACUGACAGGCAGACCGCUGUGGGCACGCCACCAAGCGAGCAAACCAUCAUGGUGGGCAUACCGCCUGGGCACACACCCGAUGCCGCAAUCCCUGGAUGAUCUCCACAAUCGGGAACCUCGGGCUGAGUCCCUGACUCGCAAGUGGCUGUGGGUACCCCCGACACGGUACAGAUGA